CCCAAAGUGGUCCCUGAGAUUGGGCGAGUUACCCAUACUUGUCCCUGACUUUCAAAAUUCACUAAAAGCAUCCCUGACAUUUUGCUCCGGGACCCAUAGUUGCCCUUCAACCCUUUCCGGCGCCAAGUCAGCAAACGGAGGGGUGAUCUGGCACCACCAAUGCCACGCUGGAGCCAAGCGAAACGACGCAGUAUCGAUUUGGCGCCCAAUGAAGAAGUAAACGACGUCGUUCAUAAGCUCCAUCCCUUGAAAACGGUUUGCCUUCAGUCCCAUAUUUGUUUGAACACUCUCACACUUCUUCUCCUCUCCUCCACGCUCAGUCUUCGUCAUUCUCCCAUCAAUGGCAGCGACCUAGCUUCGUCUUCCCCAUCUCCUCUAUUGUCACACGUCAUUUGAAGAGUUUGGUGUUCCUUAGUCAAGUGGUUUCUCUGUCUUCUGCGUUGUUGAAGGUAUGUGUUGGUUGAAAUAAUUUUUGAAUUUAUUUCAUGAAUCAAAUUAUGAUGAAGGUGUAUGAUUGUCUUGUUACUGUGUUGGGUUGUCCUAGAGUUUCAUGGCUGCAUUACCUUAAAGGAUUGUGUUUAAGAAUUUUUGUUAGGGCAAAGGGUUUGAUGUGUAUAUGCUCUGUUUUUUGGCAAUAAAACAGAGAUUUUUUCAAUAGUGGGUUAAUGCAUGGUGGUGACUGUGAUAUUAAUGUAUAGGGAUUUUAAUCGAUGUUGAAGUCGUGUAAUAUGAUGGUGUGAGUUUUAAUGGUUUUGCUUUGUUGGUGCAGAUGGAUGUGUUGUUGGAUAUAAUGUUUCAUCAUGGAGGAAACUUUGAGAAAGAUGAUGAAGGAAAACUGAGAUAUACCCCUGAUAACUUAACCUGCCUAGGUGAUCUGGAUGAGGAUACCUUGGACAUUUUCUUCAUAAGGAAUUAUUACAAGGAGUUAGGCUAUGACAAGAUCCUUCAUUGUUGGUGGCUAGUUCCCGGGAGGACGUUAGAAACUGGAUUAAGGAAUCUAAACAGUGACAAUGAGCUUAGAGAGAUGUGUUUCCUUGCUCACAAGAAUAAUGGAUUGGUGGAUGUGUAUUUUGAACAUGGGGUGUCAUCUCCAGAUUAUUUACAAGAUGAGGAGGAAAAGGCUGGCAUGGAUGCAAAAGAAGAAGGUGCCAUGGUCACUCCUAAUGACAAAGUGAGGAAUCCCAACAGUGAAUCCCCCCAAGACAAGGCAACGCCUGUCAACACCAUUGACAUCCCGAACCCUCAAAUUAAUCCGACUCCUCCUAGUAAUCCAACACCUCUAACUAUGCCAGAAUCUGUCACGAAUCCAAAACCUCCAAGUCAGGAGAAGCCUCUUCCCAAUCCAAAUGAUCAAUCACAGGCAAAGCCUGCUACUUAUCAAAAGCCAAAACCUCCCACUAAUCCACAGCCGAAGCCUCCUACUAAUCAAUUUGCAAAGCCUCCUACUAAUCCACAGCCAAAGCCUCCUACACAUCAAAAGCCAAAGCCUCCUACUACUUCAAAGUCGAAGCCUCCUACCAAGCCAAUUCUCCCCAAAAGUGUGCCAACUGCAACAUCUAACUCCACACUAAAAUCCACCUUGAAGAAGAAAACGACAACAACCACCCCUAAUUUUAGGCCUUGUACGAGGAGUGUUGCUAAGGGAAAGGCGGUGUUGCAAGCAGGACAGGAGGGAGGUGAUGCACUAUGGUCUGAUUCAUAUGAUAGUGACGAAGAUAGUUUGUAUGAGCCAAGGAUCGAAGAUAGUUCUUCGUCUGAUGAUGAUGAUUAUGAUAAUGAUGUUUGUGGCCAAGCCAAUCAUUACUUUGCUUGA